CGGGGGUUUCAUUCUCCAUACUCAGUCCACCUGCAGCUCCCUAAAAGUUCUCCCGACUACAACGUAACAGGCAGCGGUCGCAGGGCAUACCGGGAUUUGUAGUCCACACCUCGGUAACUGUCCUGCUUACUCUACCAGUGUUUACUACAAUGUGAACUACGACUCCCGGCACCCCGUGCGGCUCUGCGUGCAGCCAAUAAGAGCACAGGAGCGAAUGUUGUACUGGAAGUGGCGGCCGCAGCGAGUGAUGGCUCCUCACAGAGACUGCAGGCUAUGAUCAGUCUCCUCUGUGGCCCCCAGCGUCUGAGGAUAAGAGUACCCCCGGGGUGAGAUAUGGAGGUGGACGGUGAGACGGGGGAGGGGGACUGCAGGACGUGGUGGACGCAGGAGAACAACAUCAUCAUCAGGACAUGGCAGGAUUCAGAAACCUGUCCGGACUCUCACACCAGGAAGCAGAGGAGGCAGCAGUGUCACUCCGACCUAAUCCACCUUCUCCAGAAAAUCCAAGGGUUACCCCCGGCACCCCACACCCUGCCCCUGGAGCUGACUGUCUUGUACAAUAUGGUGAUCGUUCACAGUAAUGUAUCUGCUGGUGGAUUCCUCGCUGAGCACUCGGUGCAGGUGCAGGACGCCCUGAGCAGAGUGAUGGAGGCCCUGGGACACGGUGACACAAUCAGCACUGGGCUCUGGGUGAAGAUUCUUGCCGCUGACCUUUCCCUGGAGAUGACCUCUGCCCUGCACAGACUGGCCGGGCUGCAGUGUGCCCUUUGGUUGUCAAAUGGUCAACUGCGUGAUGCUGGGGAACUGCUUUCCUUACUCGGCCAUACUCCAGACGUCCAUAAGGAAGAUGACCUGUUACUGCUGAUCAAAGCAUGGAAUGUGUCACCAGAGAAGCCAGAGACCACCCUCCCAGUACAGACCACCAAGCAUGUAAAAGACGUCCUGUACAAUGCUGCUGCUCUGCUCCAAGGUGUCAUUGCGAUGAACGCAUCGGAUUUUCCCCGGGCGGUGGAUUUCCUUCAGGAAGCUGCCAGCAGUCUGUGUUCUAGCAGGGUGCUGGCGGAGAUCUACACUUGUCUGGGAUACUCCUUCUAUAAGAUGGUGAAGCCUCAGGCGUCCCUGCAGUGCUGGAGGCUGGCGCUGAGGAUGGACUUCCAAUGCCUGUCCGCCCUAUACCACAGUUCUGUCCUGUACCGUGACAUGGGAGACACGGAGUCUGAACUGGAGGCCCUCGCUCUGCUUCAUACGGCCCUAGAAAAUCCAAGCGAAGACGAUUCCUGCAGAAAGAUGUCAUUUCCGUUCAGAACAGAGCUGAUUGUCAGGUCUUCAGCUCUGAGCAGUUUCAUCCACACACCAGAUACCUGCGAGGUAAAAUAUCUCAUGGCGAGGCAGUGCCUGCAGAACGGAAGGACAGAACAAGCAGUGGGACAUUACCUGGAGCUGAUGAGCGCUCUGCAGGACGGGUCUCAGCCGCAGGGUCUGUGCUCCAGUCCUGCUCCUUUGCCCAGGAUUCCUGUCAUUUAUCUCGAAGCCUCAGCAGCUCUUUUGGAGAAUAAGAUGUUCGCGGACGCCAUCACUGUAUGCUUGGAAGUCCUGAACACUCUUCGUCAUCUGACCACGGGUGAUAUCAGUAUAGACACCAUCAGGAACAACCAUGAGAAGGCAGAGUCUAUGAGCGAGCAGCUGAACUGUGUCCUAUGGGCAUCCUCGGCUCAUCUUCUGCAGGGAGAGGCCCUGAGCAUGCUGGGAGAUCACAGAGAAUCUGUCGCUGACUUCACAAGGUGCAUAAACUUAUUGACGAAAAUCCAUUGUGGUAAUUCUGGAUCAGUAGAACUCACUGAAUAUAAAGUGUGGGGAAUCCUAAAAGCAGCCGCCCUCCUGGGGAGAGGCCACCAGUUCCAGCAGAUGGGGGAGGACAGGACGGCUCUGAUGAAUGCAAAACUCGGCCUGCAGAUUGCUCCAGCCUUUCCAGGUGUGACUUUAUGUCUAGUGGAUGCUCUGCGGAGACUGGGGCGGAAGAAGGAAGCCGCAUGUGAAUGGAGGAAGUUCCAGAGCAACAAGGAAAUAUUACAUCAGCAGUGGGAGGAUAUCAGAGGUGAUCUGCCCCUGUACCUGUCUAUCAUCAGCCGGAAAGAAGAGUCCAUGGAUGCAUCUCUGGUUAAAGAACUGGAGGACUAUGUGCAAAAUGAAGAGAAGAUGAUGACGACUCCUAGCUGCACAUCCGGGGCCAUGAAGACGUGAAUUUUGUCAUCAUAGACUCUUGUUACCCAUUCAGUGGCUGCAGCCUAAGUGGGGCUCACAGACUCCCCCAUAAGAGGACAGCAGGAUUAUAGAUGGUGGUGUUGCUUCAGGGUUUAUUUCACGAAAAGUACUUAUCCCCUAUCCACAGAAUAGGUGAUAAAUGUUGGAUCGCUGGGGGUCCCACCACUAGGACCCUCAGUGAUCCCACCACUGGAGAACAGUCCGCAGAUUCCCUCUCUGAAUGGAGUGGUCCGACGCUCUAUUAACCUCUAUGGGACUGAUGUAGACGGUACUCUAUUAGUCCCAUAGAAGUCAGUGGAGAAGUGAACCAUUAGGUGCACUACCACUCUAUUCGGAGAGGAGACUCAAGGACCCUCUACUCUCAGGACCAUUGGGGGUUCCAGCAGCUGUUCCCCCCCCCCCCAGCAUUUAUCAACUAUUCUGUGGACAGGUGAGAAAUAUAUUUUGUGGGAUAGCUCC